UUUCUAACUGUGCAAUGAGCAUCGCGAAAUCAUCGUUGGCCUUGACGCAGAUUCUUUGCCGAACGGCCCUAUCGAACUUAUCACCCUAUUGACUUGACCGCUUCCAUGCAGAACAUGACGAGAAAUGAGUCGAUGUUCCCACGUUCGGCAGUGCUGCGACUCUUGCAACCUUGUCAGCGUAUUUUGGAAUGAGUCUUCACCAAGACAUCUUCCAAGACCCGACAAGACCCAUCCGUCUCACUUGCCGCCCAUGAGAAUAGCAUCACUUGUCCCCAUGGCCCAAGGCCGGGACGGACUCUGCAUGCCAUACUGCGGCAGAAAGCUCGGCGAUCUUGGUCAAGAAUAUUUUUGGAACUCACGUGGUUCUAUUUGUGGCUCGAAACAUGUGGCGCCGACAUUUGUUUGCACCCAGACCAAGCGUUUUUACACUCGGAAGUCGCUAUUCUUGAAAACUAACAUGGGAAGUCUCAAUUUUCUUAAGUUGAAUGCACUUGACGACAGCGGAAAUAGCCUCACCAAAUUACAAAUAAGGCCAAGGACCAUUGACGUCUUGGACCAGCAUCUCGAACCACGUUUUCGAGCUCGUGCUUCCCGCAGCGUGGUGUUAUCCAAUGCUACCCCGUGAGUGGGACUCGCACGGCAAUCAUUAUCUUACGCAGUCGCACAAUAGGAAUGCCGACGCAAGGAUGCAUAUCUCCGACUGUCAAUUUCCCCAUGCACGCU